AUGGAUUUUUUGCACCAGGAUAUUUUUAAUUUUUCUGCAUUAUCAUGAGGAUAUCGCCUAUGUAUUUUAUACAGAGUUUUGGAGUUAUAUUAAGUUUUUUCAUCCCUUGGUCCAUUAUGUGGUUUAGAUAUAUGCCGCUAAGAUUGACCGAGAGGGAACCCCCUAUCGGUAGACUGUUUUUCAUUAAAUAA